CAGAUGACAAUGUUGACAAGAACCAUAGAAAACAAUAACGUGUCGACCGCUUCACUAUGUACGUUUGCAUUGGAUUUGGUUGGAAAAUAUCAAAAUAAAAUCGUUUAUCGUUUCGAGCGAAAACCGUGUGUGGUGAACAAUGGAAAUAAAAACGCUACACACACUUGACACACAACAACCGGCCGACUGUUUGGAAUGGUGUACACAUCCCGAUUAUCCGCAUCAUUUCAUUUGCGGUACAUAUCAUUUGGAAGAGGGUGAAACGGAUUUUUCGCAGCCACCAACAAGACGAAUCGGCCGUAUUUAUUUAUACAAGUAUGAUAUUUAUUUGGACGAUUUGGAACGUUUGGAUGUCAUUGAAACGGCUGCCAUUCUAGACGCUAAGUGGCUCGUUGUCUCGAAUAAAUGUUUAUUGAUAGCGGCUAGUGCAUUGUCGGAAAUACUCGUGUAUGAAUUACGACCCGACGAUCGAUUGCAUCUGGUGGAUUCAAUCAAUUUGGCUUCCGAAAGUGAUGGGAAUUUGUUAACGCUGGCGAUUGAUGUGCGUGGGUCGCCGAACAAUGAAAACUUAAUAGCCAGUGAUUCACGUGGCAUGGUAUCACUGUUGACCGUAACACAGGGAAAAAUUGUCAAGGAGCGAUCUUGGAAGGCGCAUUCAUUUGAAGCAUGGACGUGUGCAUUUGACAAAUGGAAUCCAAAUGUUGUUUACACCGGCGGUGACGAUACAUUUAUGCAUGUGUAUGAUAUACGAGCGUCGGAUGUUCAGCAGACGAUUAAAAAUAAAUGCCACAUUGCCGGUGUCACGUCAUUCCUCAGCUACUCGGAGAAUUGCCUAAUCAGUGGAUCAUACGAUGAAUAUUUACGCAUUUUUGAUACACGCUCCUGGCGACAACCCAUCACUGAUUUACAACUGUUCGGUGGCAUUUGGCGCAUCAAACCAUCGAAAUGCGAUCGACACUUUUUAUUAUGCGCAUGUAUGUAUAAGAACUUUAGUGUGUGCCGAAUAAGUAACGAUCAUAACGAACUAAAACUGGUCGCUGAGAUGAAUGAUAAACAUGAAAGUAUUUGCUAUGGAGCCGAUUGGGCACCGAAUCGUCUGUGCAACGGCGGUCAAGUUAUGAUUACCUGCUCGUUUUACGACAAAAGACUGUGCAUCUCAAGUGUUCAUGAAUAAAAAUUACCUUAAACCAAAUGAUUUUACUCAACUGAA